UCCAGCAUGAUUGCUUGCUUGCAGCUGAGCUGAUAAUAUAACAUUUCUUACUGUGUCUCUGUAGUUGAAUUAUGAGCUCAAAAAGUAUCAAAACUCCAGUCCAGCUUUACAUGCAUUUAUUGCGACAAGUGAGAAAGCUGCCAAAAGAAGCACAGCCUUAUUACAAGAAUUACGUGAGACAGGGGUUUAACAGUCACUCUGAUGAAGAUGAUCCAGAACGCAUCCAAAUGAUCAUAGAGAGGUCAGUUAAGGAUGCAGAAUGGAUUGUAAACAAGUACACCAAAAAUGAAACAUGACAUGAAUUAUGGAAAAGCCAGUGGAAGUGCCAACAGCUUUGAAGAGGCCAAAUGAGCUACUA